UAAUGCUAACACUGACCUUAUAUUUGUUUUUUUUUACUGCAAACGCAAAUUGCGAUAGGAAAAAAGGGGGAAACCCCGUUGUAAAAUGAAGAUAUAAGAGAAGCAUCUAGUUAAACUUGUUCUCAUUUGCAUAUGUGCAGCUCUCACAAAAUAAACCCAAGAAUGUAUUUCACAUUCCUAGUAAUGUUUACUGUGUUGUUUUCCGAUAACAUAGGUCAAAGUGUCUCUGCAGCCAUUGGUGGAGAUAUAAAUAUCGAUUAUAUUAACGCUCAGAAUGCAAAUGGCUCAACCCUUCUGCAUAGAGCUGUUAAUUUGUGUGAUGAGAAUUUGGUUCAGUGGUUAAUCGAAAAUGGAGCAAUGGUAAAUGUCCAAAAUCAAGCACUGGAUCUUCCCCUACAUGUAGCUGUAAAAAUUCGCUGCGUAGACGUUAUAAAUAUUUUGCUAGAACAUGAAGCUAUACUCAGUAUAGGUGAUGAAAACAUAAACACGCCGUUGCACUUGGCAGUAAUUGACAAUAACGAACACAUAGUCAAGAUGUUAGUAGCAAAGAAAUCGGGCAUAGAUCUCAAAAACAAAAUGGGGAAUGCUCCAAUACAUACAGUCGUUCUUCAUGGUUUCCUGAACAUAGCUGUGAUUCUCAGUAAAAAUAACGCAAAUCUCAAUUUACAGGACAAAAAUCUUAAUACACCACUGCAUUUGGGGGUGAUGAAGAAUGACAGCGAUAUAGUUCAGUUUCUUCUAGAAAAGAAAGUAGAUACUGAGAUUUCCAAUAGCAACAAAGAUGUUCCACUUAUUGUUGCAACCUGGCAUGGCUACACAGAUAUUGUUUCCAUUUUGAUAGACGCUGGCGCUAACAGGAAUGUGAGGAACCGGGAUGGAAACACACCGCUUCAUUUGGCUGUCAACAAAAAUAAUUCAGAAAUGGUCCAACUGCUUAUAGCGAAACAAGUGGAUUUGGAAAUUCGAAAUAACAUCCAAGAUACUCCAAUAAUUUGGGCAGUCUGGCUCGGUUUCCAAGCAGUUGCUCGCUUACUUAUCGAUGGUGGAGCAAAUAAGAACGUGGGAAACAGAGGGAAUAAUACCCCUCUGCAUUUGGCGGUUGAUAAAAAUGACAUCGAAAUGGUUAAGCUACUCCUUGAGAAGAAAGUAGACAUUGAGAUCACCAACAACAAUAAAGAUGUUCCGCUUAUUGUUGCAACCUCGCGUGGACACUUGGGCAUGGUUUCUCUUUUAAUAGAAGCUGGUGCUAAUAGAAACGUGAAGAACAAAGAUGGGAACACACCGCUUCAUUUGGCUGUUAAUACAAAUAAUUCAGAAAUGGUCAAACUGCUUAUAGCGAAACAAGUGGAUUUGGAAAUUCGAAAUAACAUCCAAGAUACUCCAAUAAUUUGGGCAGUGUGGCUCGGUUUCCAAGAAGUUACUCGUUUACUUAUAGAGGGUGGAGCAAAUAGAAACGUGGGAAACAGAGGGAAUAAUACUCCUCUGCAUUUGGCGGUUGAUAAAAAUGACAUCGAAAUGGUUAAGCGACUCCUUGAGAUGAAGGUAGAUAUUGAGGCUAUGAAUAACAUCAAGGAUGUUCCACUUAUUCUUGCAACAUGGCGUGGACACUUGGAUAUAGUUGCUCUUUUGAUAGAAGCGGGCGCCAACAGGAACGUCAAAAACAGAGAUGGGAACACACCGCUUCAUUUGGCUGUCAACAAAAACAAUUCAGAAAUGGUCAAACUGCUUAUAGCGAAGGAAGUGGAUAUGGAAAUUAAAAAUAACAUCCAAGAUACUCCAAUAAUUUGGGCAGUGUGGCUCGGUUUCCAAGAAGUUACUCGCUUACUUAUAGAGGGUGGAGCAAACAGAAACGUAGGCAACAGAGGGAAUGACACCCCUCUGCAUGUGGCAGUUGGUAAAAAUGAUAACCAAAUGGUUAAACUGCUCCUUGAGAAGAAGGUAGACAUUGAGGCUAUGAAUAACAUCAAGGAUGUUCCACUUAUUCUUGCAACAUGGCGUGGACACUUGGAUAUAGUUGCUCUUUUGAUAGAAGCGGGCGCCAACAGGAACGUCAAAAACAGAGAUGGGAACACACCGCUUCAUUUGGCCGUCAAUAAAAAUAAUUCAGAAAUGGUCAAACUGCUUAUAGCCAAAGAAGUUGAUCUAGAAAUUCGAAAUAACAUCCAAGAUACUCCAAUAAUUUGGGCAGUCUGGCUCGGUUUCAAAGAAGUUACUCGCUUACUUAUAGAAGGUGGAGCAAAUAGAAACGUGGGAAACAGAGGGAAUAAUACCCCUCUGCAUUUGGCGGUUGAUAAAAAUGACAUCGAAAUGGUUAAGCUACUUCUCGAGAAAAAAGUAGACAUUGAGAUCACCAACAACAAUAAAGAUGUUCCGCUUAUUGUUGCAACCUCACGUGGGCACUUGGACAUUGCUUCUCUGUUGAUAGAAGCUGGUGCUAAUAAAAAUGUGAAGAACAAAGAUGGGAACACACCGCUUCAUUUGGCUGUCAAUACAAAUAAUUCAGAAAUGAUCAAGCUGCUUAUAGCGAAACAAGUGGAUUUGGAAAUUCGAAAUAACAUCCAAGAUACUCCAAUAAUUUGGGCAGUGUGGCUCGGUUUCAAAGAUGUUACUCGCUUACUUAUAGAGGGUGGAGCAAACAGGAACGUAGGCAACAGAGGGAAUGACACCCCUCUGCAUGUUGCAGUUGGUAAAAAUGAUAUCGAAAUGGUUAAGCUGCUCCUUGAGAUGAAGGUAGAUAUUGAGGCUAUGAAUAACAUCAAGGAUGUUCCACUUAUUCUUGCAACCUGGCAUGAACACUUGCGUAUAGUUUCCCUUUUAAUAGAAGCUGGCGCUAAUAGGAACGUGAAAAACAGAGAUGGAAAUAGCCCACUGCAUUUGGCAGUCUUACGAUGCAAUUCCGAUAUGGUAAAACAUCUAAUUAUGGCAAAAUGUUCGCUUGACAUCAAAAAUAACGCCGGACUAGUGCCUUAUGACGUUGCUGUAAGUAACUGUCCCGCUGUCCUUCCAUUAUUCGGAGAUGUAGACAAUGAACCACUUCCUCAUAAUAUAGUCUUUUAGAUCACUACUUUUUUUUAACAAAUAAAUGAAUUGCACAGAU